AUGGCUCAACAUACCAAUACAUCAAAAUUUAUUGGUUUUUCUACUUAUCUCAUCCAUCAAGAUUCGAUUGAAUCGCCAAUGUUCGACUCAUUAGUCAGCCAAACGAACCUUGUAGAAAGAGCCAUCCGUCGCUCUAGAUCCCGCUUGUCACAUUUCAAGUCUAUCUUAAAACUCCCCGACCACGCGAAGGAAAUUAGUGACAUAGAGUCAACACUUGUGAAAACUCCUGAGGAGUACCUCAUGGAGAUUUCCAUUGGUACACCACCCGUCAAGCAAUUGGCAACCAUUGACACGGCAAGCGUUAUUGUCUGGACUCAGUGUCUCCCAUGUAUGAAGUGUUACGAGCAGAUUCAACCCAUGUUUAAUUCGAGGAAUUCAUUGACCUAUAAUGUAUUGCGAUGUAAUACAACUCAAUGCAAAUCCUUGGAAAGACAUAAUAUUCAUGGUUGUUUGGAGGCAACUCACAAAUGUGAAUAUAAGGUAACCUAUAAAGACAAAUCCAUCACAUAUGGGGAUUUAGCAUUAGAGACUUAUAAAAUUGGAAACACUUUACUCCCGAAUAUGGUUUAUGGGUGUUCGAAUGCCAACAAAGGUGGAUUUGAUAUGAACACAGCUGGAAUCAUUGGUCUUGGACGUGGGCCUCUCUCGCUCGUUGGCCAGCUCGGACAUUUAAUUCGCGGUAAGUUCUCGUAUUGCCUAGUGAAUUGGAUGGAACGAAAUACAAGAAGUAAAAUCAGCUUUGGAGCUAACGCGAUUGUGUCUGGGCGUGGAACGGUAUCCACCCGGUUGGUGUCAAAAUAUCCUUUCCAUUUAUAUUAUGUCACAUUGGAAGCAAUCACCAUUCAAAAUAAGAGAAUCAAAAGAGUAACUAAAUCCAUUGAAAAUAAAAAGAUUGUUGAGAAAGGUAACAUGGUUAUAGACUCGGGCUCAAUGCUAACUUAUUUACCGACAGAUAUGUAUCAAGAAUUGGAGGAUGAACUUAUAAGCGCGAUUGGAGUCGCCAUACCAGUUCAAAAUCCAUCGGAAGCUGACUAUAAACUUUGCUAUAAGAACACCACAAACAUUCAAUUUCCGACAAUUAUCUUCCAUUUCGCUGGAGGCGCUAACUUGGCUUUGACAAGUACAAGUACAACGAUACGAUAUAUGGAUCUUACAUGUCUAGUGAUAGUCCCAGAUAAUGAUCUUGGUGUAGCCAUUUUUGGGCACAUGUCACAAAUGGACUACUUGAUUGGAUAUGAUCUUAAAAAUUGGAAAAUUUAUUUCAAGCCAACUGAUUGUUCAAUGCAUCAAAUUUAG